GGGGGGGGGGGCGGGGGGGUGGCUGUCAGGGAUUGUCCCCAUUGCUGCUGUCCGUUCACUGCUUUUGUCUCUCCUGGGCUGCACUCGGGGUCCCCAGAGCCCCUGCCUGGCUGGUACUGCAGGCACAGCCUACUGUCCCAGCUGGCACUGCACACCAGAAGCCCUUUCUCUGGCACUGCAGCCCAUUGUGCCUUCUUGAUUGGCACUGCAACCCCCAGCCCCCCCUUGCUCAGUGGCACUGCACUCUGUACCCCUGCCUGGCUACACAGAACCCCCUGCCCUGUGCCCCACAGCCACUGUCCCACCAGCCCUGCACCCUAUAGCCCUGCGCCCGCGGGGCUGCACCCCCAACAAAGAGCUGCUCUUGCACCUCCAACAGCCAUGCAGCCCCAUCCCGCACCCUGCACCGCUGCCGUGCAGCCCCGUCCCACACCCCGCCUGUUGACACGAAGGCCCUCAGGCUGCGCCUGCCCUCGGGCACCCCAAAAGCUCCUCCCGGGUGAAGCGGGGCUGCGCCGGGCCUGGUCGGGCCUGCGCCGGGGCUUCGCCUGGGCGUGAAGGGAGCCUGAGAGCAGGAGGGGCCAGGCGAGGCUGCAGGAAUGCGAGUGGGAGAGCGGCCGGGCAAGUAGCGACAGCUCCUGCGAGCGCGGAUCCCACACGCGGCUCGGGCAGGGAGCGGAGCCCGGCACGGGGCCGGCGGCCGGAAUGGGGCAGCCCGUGGCUCAGCCCCUCUGAGAGCCGCAGUGGGAGCCGCGAGUCCCGAGGCCAGCACGGCCACCGCGGGUCCCGGCCCCGGGAGCUCGGCUGGAGUUCCCCCGACGGGUAAUGCCCGGCUGGGCCGGCGCAGGGUGCUGAGGAUCCCGGGGCCGAGUAGCCGUGAUGACCCCCGAGAAGGUGCUGAGGGAGGGAUUGCUGGAGAAGCGGAGCGGGGGGCUGCUGCAGCUCUGGAAGAAGAAGCGGUGCCUGCUGACGGAGAAGGGGCUGCAGCUCUUCGAGCCCAAGGGCUCGCGGCGCAAGGAGCUGAGCUUCGCCCGCAUGAAGGCCGUGGAGUGCGUGGAGUGGAAGGAGAGGCACAUUUACUUCACGGUGGUGAUGGACGACAGCCUCGAGAUCGAUUUCCGCUGCACCCAGGAGGACCCGGGCUGGAACGCUGAGAUCACCAUGGGGCUCGUGCGCUUCAAAAACCAGCAGGCGAUGCAGGAGGUGCGCGCCCGGCACAGCUGCCGAGCAGUGGUGCAGCUGGAUGCAGCCCCGGUGGGACAGCCCAGGGAAUCGCAGCUUCCCAGGAGUCGGAUGGAGGUGGCUCUUGGCUCAGCAGGCGCUGGGGAGAACGGGAUCCCUGCGGGCAAAUGAGGUCACCGCUGUGCAGCCCUGGGACGAGGACAGUGGCCCCAGGGAGGCCGGUGCUGGCGCUGGCUCCCCCCUCGCUGGGGCAGGACAGAGACACCGCAAGAGCUGGGCUGGCGCAGUUACCUCCCCUUGGCACAGUGGGGCAGAGGACACUGGCAGGGCCACCACCUGGCACUUCAGAGAAGGCAGGAGAUGACAUCCCUGCCUGGGGCCCCACCAGCCUUCCUUCAGCUGACGUGUACAGGACCUUGGUGCACUGGUCGGGACCCUAGGCCUCUCCUGCAGGACAGGGGAUGAAUGAAGCUGUGCCUGAAGGAUGUGUGCCACAGGGAGCUCUGCCUGUGUGACAGUGACACUGGGACAGAUGGAUGUGGCUGGGUCCCAAUUUUAAAAAGAGGCUGGAAAGCUGCUGCUGCAGCAGGGACCCCUCAGCAGGGCACUGAAAUGAUGGUGUAGUGACACAGCCAUGCUGCUGGACAUUGUCUCACCCUGGGAUGUCCUUGGGCUGUGGGGGAAUGCUGGGGACCUCAAUUCCCUGUACCAAAAAUGUCCCUUAACAGGGAACUUUCAUUUUCUUA